UGCGGUUGUGAUUAUGAAGCUUUCCUCACUGAAGCCACAGGGCUUUGUAAUUUGUUUUCCGUGCUGCUGUUCAUUAGAAUUCAACUGAAGGGCUUAUUUUUGCAGCCUGCGCUGAGUUUGAUGCUGGCAGCAGCUGCGGGCGAUCAGCGGGACGCCAAACGUGUUACUGCCGGAGUCUGUGAUGAUGAUGAUGAUGAUGCUCAUCUGUAAUUGCUGCUCAGUACAUCUUAAUGUCUGAUCCGAGGGAGAAUUAUCUCUAAAUUGCCUCAAGAGAAGAUGAGGUUAAGUUUGUAGACGUUGUAAUUAAUAGAUAGGGAUUUGGGCUACUGACGAAGAUCGUCAAAGGUCUCAUCAGUGGAAAAAAAAAGUGCUGGAGCCCCGGCUGGGUACGCUGACAGGAUGCUUUCUGAUGUCCUGUGUUUGAAUGAUUCGCGAGAGGGCAGAGGGCAUUCAGAGUUUUACCUGUGAGCCCGUCUGCAUGGAAAUGUGCUGACAUCAGAGCUUUGCAUUUUAAACGCAGGGAUAGAGGAGGAUGAGGAGGAUGCCGCAGUGAGGAUACAGAAGAAGCUGAGUUUGCAUAGAUUAUAUCAGUAUCAGAUGGGUAUCUGACUGAACAUAAGAGACAAAGACUGGAACACUCCUUCCUGGUUUAUCUCAUCUCUGUCUGAGUGGUGCUCCAGCUCCAUCCUCUGCUUGUCAGCACACAUCAAUCACAUCAUCAUCAGAGGGUGGCUGUCAGUGUGGAGUAGUGCUGGAGGCUGCGGGGCGGUUGUGUGCUGUGGGAAGUUCCUGAGAGUGCAGAGUGGCAGAGUCACUUACAGAGAAACACUUGUACAGAAAGAGGACUAGUGCUCUUUCGCAGAAGGAUAUAAUACGCAGUCUCACACCUACGGCCUCAUCGCACGGUCGUGUUUGUCGUGGCAGCGCCUCAGGGAUUUGAAGGAGGCGGGCAAUUGGGUCCGUGCUGGCGUGAUGGUGAUGUGGCUGCCUCAGGAGUGGGCCUGGCAGGCUGUUCUCCUGGUUACUGGACUGGCAUCGUUGAGCUGUGGAUCUGAUGCCAACUUGUUGGACACCAUGCUGCUGAAGAACGGAUGGAAGGGGGCAUCGGAGCGAAGGGCGGAGGAGAGCAGCAGCACAGCCACAGUUUCAGCUCAGAACAUGCUUCGGUGUCACUGCAACCAGUGCCCUGAACACUCUGUCAACAAUACUUGCAUGACUGAUGGUACCUGCUUCACCAUGGUAAAGGAGGAGGAGGAGGGUCUGGCUGUACUCACUGCAGGUUGUUUGGGACGGGAUGGCGCUGAGUUCCAGUGCAGAGACACGUGGAAUGCACGUGAGAGGAGAGCUCUGGAGUGUUGCACGGAUCAGAACUACUGCAACAGAGACUUGCAUCCUACUCUUCCUCCACUCAGGACAUCUGAUUAUGUGGGCAGCAGUAUCCAGUACAUGGCUCUCUUCAUUUCAAUCACAGUCUGUAGUAUCUUCCUCGGUGUCAUCCUCGUCGUCUGCUGUCUCAGAUAUAAGCGGCAGGAGUCACGGCCACGCUACAGUAUCAACCUGGAGCAGGGGGAGACCUACAUCCCUCCUGGGGAGUCGCUGAAGGACCUGAUAGAGCAUUCCCGCAGCAUCGGGUCUGGCUCUGGGUCAGGACUCCCUCUACUGGUGCAGCGCACCAUUGCCAAGCAGAUUCAGAUGGUUAAGCAGAUUGGGAAAGGGCGAUAUGGAGAGGUUUGGAUGGGCAAGUGGAGAGGAGAGCGAGUGGCUGUCAAAGUCUUCUUCACCACUGAGGAAGAGAGCUGGUUCAGAGAGACUGAAAUCUAUCAGACCUUCCUAAUGAGGCACGACAAUAUACUGGGAUUCAUAGCGGCUGACAUUAAGGGAACUGGCUCGUGGACUCAGCUCUACCUAAUCACAGACUACCAUGAGAACGGAUCAUUAUAUGACUACCUCAAGUCUAAUACCUUAGAUGUCAAGGCUCUGCUGAAACUGGCCUACUCAUCCAUAUCAGGCCUCUGUCACCUGCACACUGAGAUCUAUGGCACACAGGGCAAACCAGCCAUCGCACACAGAGACCUGAAGAGUAAAAACAUUUUGGUUAAAAAAAAUGGGUCCUGUUGUAUAGCAGACCUCGGACUGGCUGUCAAGUUUAACAGUGACACCAAUGAGGUGGACAUCCCUCCCAACCUACGAGUUGGUACGAAGCGCUACAUGCCACCUGAAGUCUUGGAUGAGACCCUAAACAGAAGCUACUUCCAGUCUUUCAUAAUGGCUGACAUGUAUAGUUUUGGCCUUAUCGUUUGGGAGAUGGCUCGACGUUGCAUCUCUGGAGGCAUUGUGGAGGAGUAUCAGCUGCCCUAUCAUGACCUCGUGCCCACUGAUCCUUCCUAUGAGGACAUGAGAGAGGUCGUCUGCAUUAAGAAACAAAGACCUUCAUUUGCUAAUCGCUGGAGCAGUGAUGAGUGUCUACGACAGAUGGGGAAAUUAAUGUCAGAAUGCUGGGCUCACAACCCCGCCUCUCGUCUCACAGCCCUGAGGGUGAAAAAGACCCUGGCGAAGAUGUUAGAGUCCCAAGACAUCAAACUGUGACAGAGAGUCAGGAGAGAUGCUCUCAUCACCCAGGGACUUGUCACUGGCACUGCGCCACUUACACUGGCCAAUAGAAGAAAGGGAAUGUAUGUGGCGGGCAGGGUGGGGGAAGACUGUGAAUGAUAGGACAAAGGAAACUGACAGGGAAGAUGAGUGAUAGAGAUAAAGGUCGACGGGGAAGCAGAAGAAAUGUGAGGCAAAAGAUUUAUUAUGUUGGGGAAGAUCUGUCCUCCCAUUGUCUGGGACUCGUCUGCCUCAGACCAAGUGUUCAGACUGUGCUUUCUGUGGAAGCUGAGUGGUUGUCGGGUCCAGACCGUCCAGGUGGGCAGGCAGACAGGGAGGGACCUUUGCAGGAGCAGAGGACUGAAAUCCCUCUGAUCGGUUCUAGACAGAGGAAGCUCCUGCUUGAUCCUUCUAAAGCCAUACAGCAGUAUUCUAUAUGCAGUCUUUUGUACUGUCACAGCUCUCAGUCACUUCCUGCUGUGACAUCACAGCCCAGUUAUCUUUUCAUAAGAGUUUACUGUCAGCCCCAUCCAAAGUGACUAUCAUCCAUCCAAAGAACUGUCUAAUACAUGCUCAGUGACCUCACUGUCAAAGACAUUAUUAUUAUUAUUAUUAUUAUUAAUUAUUAUUAUUAUUAUUAUUAUUAUUAUUGAACAAAACUGAGUAAGGCUAAAUUAAUGAAAAAAACAUUUGUCCAGCAGAAACAGAUAACAGAUUUUUCUAUAUGUGAUUACAAGUACAUUUUAUUUCCAUAUUGAAGUAACCUCUGGGUAAACAGUUUUGUCAUUGAUGGAUUUGUGAACUUCAUUGUCCUUUAGACCUUCAGGGCUCAGACUGUUCUUCCCUCAUUCUCUCCUCUUCCCACUCACAAUUCAUUUGUACAUAGUUGAACUGAAAUUUAUUGAUAAUUACUGCCUUGCUGGAUGUUCUAAUGUGUUUUUGAUGAUUUAUCUGUGUACAGAAUACAUCCCGUCCACUCUACCACUAUGGCGUGUGCCUUACAUGUAUUUAAUCUGUACAUAUGUGAUUAUUAAAGUGUAUGAGUGGAUCUGGAUAACAUUCUCUAAUAAAACAACUAUGUGUCUUGAA